AUGGCAACUGCCGAUCAUCAGUGCCACCGUUCAUCAGUGCCACCAGUCAUCAGUGCCACCAGUCAUCAGUGCCACCAGUCAUCAGGGCCACCAGUCAUCUGUGCCACCGUUCAUCAGUGCCACCAGUCAUCAGUGCCACCAGUCAUCAGUGCCACCAGUCAUCAGUGCCACCAGUCAUCAGUGCCACCGUUCAUCAGUGCCACCGUUCAUCAGUGCCACCAUUCAUCAGUGCCACCGUUCAUCAGUGCCACCAGUCAUCAGUGCCACCAGUCAUCAGCGCCACCAGUCAUCAGGGCCACCAGUCAUCUGUGCCACCGUUCAUCAUUGCCACCAGUCAUCAGUGCCACCGUUCAUCAGUGCCACCGUUCAUCAGUGCCACCAGUCAUCAGUGCCACCAGUCAUCAGUGCCACCAGUCAUCAGUGCCACCAGUCAUCAGUGUCACCGUUAAUCAGUGCCACCGUUCAUCAGUGCCUCCAGUCAUCAGUGCCACCAGUCAUCAGUGCCACCGUUCAUCAGUGCCACCAGUCAUCAGUACCACCAGUCAUCAGUGCCACCAGUCAUCAGUGCCACCAGUCAUCAGUGUCACCGUUAAUCAGUGCCUCCAGUCAUCAGUACCACCAGUCAUCAGUGCCACCAGUCAUCAGUGCCACCAGUCAUCUGCGCCACCAGUCAUCAGUGCCUCCAGUCAUCAGUGCCACCAGUCAUCAGUGCCACCGUUCAUCAGUGCCACCAGUCAUCAGUACCACCAGUCAUCAGUGCCACCAGUCAUCAGUGCCACCGUUCAUCAGUGCCACCGUUCAUCAGUGCCACCAGUCAUCAGUGCCACCAUUCAUCAGUGCCACCGUUCAUCAGUGCCACCAGUCAUCAGUGCCACCAGUCAUCAGGGCCACCAGUCAUCUGUGCCACCGUUCAUCAUUGCCACCAGUCAUCAGUGCCACCGUUCAUCAGUGCCACCGUUCAUCAGUGCCACCAGUCAUCAGUGCCACCGUUCAUCAGUGCCACCAGUCAUCAGUGCCACCACGCCACCAGUCAUCAGUGCCUCCAGUCAUCAGUGCCACCAGUCAUCAGUGCCACCAGUCAUCAGUGCCACCGUUCAUCAGUGCCACCAGUCAUCAGUGCCACCGUUCAUCAGUGCCACCAGUCAUCAGUGCCACCAGUCAUCAGUGCCACCAGUCAUCAGUGCCACCUGUCAUCAGUGCCACCGUUCAUCAGUGCCACCGUUCAUCAGUGCCACCAGUCAUCAGUGCCACCAGUCAUCAGUGCCACCAGUCAUCAGUGCCACCAGUCAUCAGUGCCACCAGUCAUCAGUGCCACCAGUCAUCAGUGCCACCGUUCAUCAGUGCCACCAGUCAUCAGUGCCAUCAGUCAUCAGUGCCACCAGUCAUCAGUGCCACCGUUCAUCAUUGCCACCAGUCAUCAGUGCCAAGAGUCAUCAGUGCCACCAGUCAUCAGUGCCACCAGUCAUCAGUGCCACCAGUCAUCAGUGCCACCGUUCAUCAGUGCCACCAGUCAUCAGUGCCACCGUUUAUCAGUGCCACCAGUCAUCAGUGCCACCAGUCAUCAGUGCCACCAGUCAUCAGUGCCACCAGUCAUCAGUGAAACCAGUCAUCAGUGCCACCAGUCAUCAGUGCCACCGUUCAUCAGUGCCACCAGUCAUCAGUGCCACCAGUCAUCAGUGCCACCGUUCAUCAGUGCCACCAGUCAUCAGUGCCACCGUUAAUCAGUACCACCAGUUAACAGUGCCACCAGUCAUCAGUGCCACCAGUCAUCAGUGCCACCAAUCAUCAGUGCCACCAGUCAUCAGUGACACCAGUCAUCAGUGA